AAACGCUUUUGCCUCAUGCAUGAAAAUAUCACUAAAGAGAGUGGCUUCAGCAACUGCAGCUCUGACCACUUCUAUCAGUUCCUCCGGGAACACAAAGGGGCCUGCCUAUUUAACAAGCCUCAGCCCAGAGGUCGCCUGCGUAGGCAAGCCACGUGUGGGAAUGGCGUGUUAGACUACAAUGAGGAGUGUGACUGUGGACCUGACUGUGGUAACAACCCAUGCUGUGACCAAACAUGUAGGCUGAAGGAGCAUGCACAGUGUAGUGAUGGACUAUGCUGUUUUAAUUGCCAGUUGAGACGUAAGGGCUUCAUGUGUCGUUCUGCUUUUGGAGAGUGUGACCUCCCAGAGUAUUGUGAUGGUACUUCUAGAGAAUGCCCCAGAGACCACUAUAAGCAAGAUGGUACAUCGUGUGAUAUAAUUCACUAUUGUUUUAUGGGCCGGUGUAAGAACCCUGAUACUCAAUGCAUGGGUAUAUAUGGGUUCCCUGCAAGGUCAGCCCCAGAAGACUGUUAUAUUUCUAUGAACACCAAAGGGAACCGGUUUGGAAACUGUGGCUUUGGGGCCUCACCUAGUUCAAAAUAUGUUAAGUGUUUUGAUGAGAAUAUAUUUUGUGGGAAACUUGUAUGUACAAAUAUUAGACAGAUACCAACAAUCAAACGCCACCAUACAUUGAUCCAGGUCCCUCAUGAAAAAGACUUCUGCUGGAGCAUGGAUGCCUAUAAUGAUACUGAUAUCCCUGAUGACGGAGAUGUGGACACUGGCACCCUUUGUGCCCCCCACAAAGUCUGCGUGAAUUACUCCUGCAUUGAUCGUGCUGUGUUCAAGUAUGACUGUGAACCAAAAGAAAUGUGUAAUGGGAGAGGAGUUUGCAACGAUUUAAGGCACUGCCAUUGUGAGGAGGGCUAUGCGCCCCCCGACUGCAAAAUUCCAGGAAAUGGGGGUAGUGUGGACAGUGGCCCCCCGGGCAAAUCACCUAAUGAAAAUCUAAGUGCAGGAGGAAGUGGCAUUACUACUAAACGUAAGAAUGAAAUGAACAUUGUUGGCAAGGUAAUUUUCAUACUCCCCGCAUUUCUUUUACUAUUAUUGUUGAUUUUAAUACUUUCCAUUAGCCUUAGGGCUGGAAUUGAGUCAAUAGAGACGCCAGGAGGCUCCUCAGAGGAGACCUCAGAGACCACAGAGACUACUGAGGACACACAGGACUUAGGAAAUAAACCCGCGGAUAUUUCACAGAUGG